AACAUCCAUUAAUGUUAGUUGUUGGAUCAUAAAUUGCCAAUUGACAUUGUCAAAAGCCUUCUGUGCAUCAAGGAACAGAAGUGCCACUUGACGAUCACUAUGCGAUUCAUAAAAUUCGAGAAUGUCUAAGAUUGUUCUUAUAUUCCACUUAGUCUGUCUGUUUGGUAAAAAUCCAUUUUGAUCCAAAUGUGUGAAAUCAAUUAGGUAUUUUCUUGAAUCUUUCCGCCAUUGUUGAAGCAAAAAUUUUAUAAUCAGAAUUCAAUAAUGAUAUAGGUCUAUAAUUUUGUAUCUGUGUUUUUUCCGCUUCUUCUUUUGGAAUCAAUAUUAUAUUUGCCUCUGACCAGGACUUAGGUAUUUUAGCAUUGGUUAAUACGGCAUUGAAAACUUGUAGUAGGUAUUGAUUGAGUGCCCUUUAUUGUUCUUUAUAUAGUUCUGCUGGUAUUUCAUCUGGGCCAGUCGCCUUAUUGAUCUUUCGUUUAUUUAUUGCCCUGAUUAUUUCAGCCAUUCUUAUUUCCUCAUUUAACAUAGAUUUUAUUUCCUCCGGAAUUUUCGGUAUGUCUGCCUUCUCUAAGUAUUCUAUUAUCCUUUCUACAUUUUCCCCCUCAUUUCUAUAAUACAGUUUUUCAUAGUAUCUUUGGGCAAUUCCCCUUUUUAUAGUCUCCUCUCCCUGAAUCUCUCCUUUCUCAUCUUCCAUCUCUAAGAAUGUCAGAAACUAUAGCAGGCUAAUAAAUAUUCCAAAGAUAUUCUGCAUAGUGAAAUUUAGGUGGAAAUGGCCAUGUCACGUAUAAAAAUAUAUAUUUUAAAAUAUUUCUUACCUCCAGAUACCACUGACCAAGGUGAAACUGAAAAAAAUAUGGAAAAGAAUCCUGGAUCAUCUCCAUCACAGUUACAUACUGGGAUGGUUGAAUUAUCUGAGCCAAUAAGUUAAUAUUUACUACAUGAUAAGUUAAUAUUUACUACAUUUUAGACGUUGUGGCAGUAUAUACAAGGAUAUAAUAUUAGAAUGGGUAAAAUGUGCAUAUUAUCAAAACUAAUAUGGUAAAAUAUUUCCUUGUCAUAGCUACUGCUUGGAAUCAGGAGUAGAAUCAAAUUGAUUCUUUGAACAGCUUCUCUGCAUGCAUGACUUUUGAGAAAUGUGUAAUUCUCAUGUAUAGCUGUUAAAUCACACAACAGUAUUCUUCAGUAAGCAAUCUCUUAUAUUUGAGUUGAGUUUCAGCUGGUCCAAUGUAUAAAAUAAUAUGACAAAAUCAUAAUCAAAUUAAAAGGGAAAAUUUUGAGUGAUGAUGUCAUUUUUCUUGCAAAAUUCAUUCUACGGAUUCCUUGAUACUGAUUUCCAGUGAUUGCCUGACAGCCUGAGGACUAUAAUCCAUCACUUUAGAACCCUUUAGCAUUACUUCCAAGAAGCUAAAACAGAAAUUGUCUAAUAUCAUCUUCUAGAAUAGAAGCACAAAUCACAGAACAACUUCAGAUGUUCCCAAUUUUUUGCUUUAUUUUUUAAAAAGUAUGAUUUUCUGAAUUAUAUCAAGUAUUGUAAAUGAUCAAGGAAAACUAGUAUUGCCAGAAUCUUCCUAUCUUUCUAUAAAAGAUUAUCCACUACCAUUAUUAAAGCAGCUUUGUUUCUAGUCUAGAAUCUAUUUUGAUUUUAUUUCAUACUGAAAUAAAUGUGAGAAGCUGCUAGUUGGUGGAAUACAACAGAGAGAUUAAAAUGUGCCUCUCUAAAAUCUAGCAUUGAGUGCCUGUUUGAUGCAGUGGUUAAGGCAUCAGGAUAGAAACCAGGAAGACCAAAAGUUCUAGUGUACUAAACCAGCUGGGGACUUUGGGCCAGUCACUUUCCCUCAGCCCUAGGAAAGAGGCAAUGGCAAGCCAUUUCUGAAAAACCUUUUCAAGAAAUUGCAGGGAUUUGACAAAGCAAUUUCCAAGAAUUAGACACAAUUGAAUGGAAGAAAAAAAAGAUCUACCAAAUAUUUCCUGCUAUUAGUUGAUAGACUUUUGAUUUAAUGUUUGGGUUAUAUGGGCUAUUUAAAAAGCUAGAAAAGGCAACUUUGCAGUAAGAAAACCUUUCCUUGAACAUUUCAUUAGAUUUUGUUACCACUAAAGUUUAUUUAGCUUAAUUAUUCUGUAUAUGUUGCAAAGCUUAGCAGGCAUGGAGGUAAUUUUAAUAACUUUGUUUUUCUUUUUAGUUCCAUCAAUAUUCAGAUAAUUUCUUCUGAAAAAUGUAAGGAGCAAGCAGGAGAUUAUGGAUCGCUGGUUGAAAUCUGGAACUACUAAACCGAAAGAAAGUAAUGAUUGUAAUAGCAAUCAACGAACAGGAAAUAAUGAAAUUAACGACGAAUCAAUUUCAAUUCUGAAAGAACCUGUUAAGAAAAAAGCAAGGAAAACUCGCAAGUACGACAAAGAAUAUCUUAAAUUUGGAUUCUCAUGGACUGGAGAUGAAAAUGAGCCUAUUCCACUUUGUGUCAUUUGUUUUGAAAAUCUAACAAAUGAAAGCAUGAAACCAUCCAACUUAAAGUGCCAUUUUGAGACAAACCAUAAUCAGUACAAAGAUAAACCCAUAGAUUUUUUUGAAAAUAAACUUAAGGGUUUAAAUCAGUCUCGAAAAGUAAUGCAGGGUUUGACGGGAGGUGACAAUCAAAAAAUACUAGAAGCUUCGUAUCGCGUGUCACUUUUAAUUGCCAAAUGUAGUGCAGCGGAAACCAUUGGCGAAAUUUUAAUCAAGCCUGCAGCCAAGAUAAUGGCAGAAGUAAUGAUAGGAGAUAGAGCGAAACAAACUUUUGACCGCAUUCCUCUCUCAAAUAAUACAGUUCAUCGACGAAUCAUUGAUAAGUCUAAUAAUGUAAAACAGAUGUUAUUAUCUGAUAUUUCUCAAGGUCGUUAUUAUGCAUUGCAAGCCGAUGAGUCCACCGACAUUGCAAAUUUUGCAAAUCUUAUGGCGUUUGUUAGAUACGAAAAAAAUCAAGAAAUUCAUGACGACUUUUUAUUUUGCCAGCCUUUAUUAGGUCACACAACAGGAGAAGAUAUCUUUAAUGUUAUGAAUACAUUUAUGCAAGAGAACAAAAUUGAUUGGCAUAGAUGUGUUGGAAUAAGCACAGAUGGAGCAAAAAGUAUGGUCGGAAUUAAUAAAGGACUCGUUGCAAGAAUUCAAAAUGUUGCUCCAAAUGUCAUAUCCACACAUUGUUGCAUACACAGAGAGGCUUUGGCAACAUGUAAGAUGCCCGCUGAUCUACAGAAAGUUCUGGAUGAAAGCGUGAAAAUCAUUAACUACAUUGAAAGCCACCCUUUGAAUGCACGACUUUUUUCGCAAAUAUGUGAAGAAAUGGGAAGUAGUCAUACCCAGCUGCUUUUUCAUACCGAUGUUCGUUGGCUAUAUCGGGGAAAAAUUCUAAACCGAUUGUUCGAACUUAGACAUGAACUUCAAUGCUUUCUUAAUGAUAGAUUUGAGUUGAGAAAUUGUUUACAUGACUGGAAAUGGCUUUGUAAACUAGCAUCCUUAGCAGAUAUAUUCUCUGUUUUAAAUUGCCUCAACUUAUCGUUACAAGGCAAAGAAAUUUCAUUGUUUCACGUUCAAGAUAAAGUGAACGCUACCAUCGCAAAACUAAAUUUAUGGCAAAAGAGAGUUGGUAAUGGAGAAGUAGACUCGUUUCCCUCUCUUCAUGAGUUUAUAACAAGUUCGGCUACUAAAAUUGAGGCUGAUACUUUGAAAUGCAUAAUACAGAAUUUGGAGAGUUUGCAAGUUGGCUUGAAAAAUUAUUUCCCUGAUUUAAAUGAAAAUAUUGAAUGGAUAAGAUAUCUGUUCAACAUUAACACAACAUCCAUUCCAGAAGGUUUGUCGCAUGUGGAAGAAGAGCAAUUGUUGGAGUUAGCUUCGGACGGAUUCUUGAGAAAUAAACAUAAGGAGUGUACUUUAACAUCAUUCUGGUUACAAAUGCAACAUGUGUAUCCGGUUUUAACAGAAAAAGUCCUGAAAUACAUCUUGCCUUUUCCAACUUCAUAUUUAUGCGAAGUUGCUUUUUCUGCAUUUGUAGACAUUAAGUCGAAAAAAAAGGAACAGACUAUUGGGUGUGGAAUCGCAUCUCAGAUUAAAAUUAACAACCAAGGAACCAAAUUAUGAUGAUCUGUCAUCUCAACAUAAACAAUUUCAUCCUUCUCAUUGAAUCAAAUAAAUGUUCUUUAUAAUAUAACUUUCGUUUAUUUUGUGUAUGUACAAAAAAAAGAAAAAAUAAAUAUAUUUUGAUUUUUAUUGAAGCAUAUGUUUUUUAUGAGGGGUACUCAGCGUUACAGAAAUUAUAGAAGGGGUACACAUAUGUCAAAAGUUUGGGAAACACUGCUUUAGAGCAAUAAUAAUCUGGAGAUGCAGAAAAUAUGAACCAUGAAUAAGAGCACUUCCUUUGGAAGUGUGAAUUCACAGUAACAAUUUACUACAGAUGCUAGCUAUAUUCUUAUUGUUUAAUCAUUGCAUGCAAAUAUUAUGCGUGUCAUCACUCAUAUAAACGAGGGGAGCUAUAAAUUGAAUGGAACUUCACAUUUUAUAGAAAUAUAGUAAAAUUGUUUAAAUUAUUUUUUCGGUAGGAGUAGACACCUCAGAAUACUUGGAUGAGAUUGAGUAUGUUAUUGGCCAAAGAAUACAAAAUAACUGUUACAAGAAAAGGCAAAAAGUUGGCAGAUGGUGGAUGAAAAUGUCAUUUUAUGGAGAAUAGCAUCAUUAACCAAGUAGACAGGAGCAAUGCAUACAGUAAUAUUCUGUUUUAGGUCCCAUUUCAAUAUUUCUGUGAUUGAUAAUGUAAGUGUACAUUUGGAGGAAUACUUUACAAACCUUUUAAAAUAAACUGUUUUGCUUGUUUAUUUGUUUGUUUAUUUGUUUGUUUGUUAAACUUAUAUGCCAUCUAUCUUGCGUAGAAGUAAUUCUAGUAACAAGAUAAAACAUUAAAAUAAUAAAGGUUAAUACUAAAAACUGACUUAAGAAUAACAAAAUAGCAAAUCAGGGAGCAAGAUGCACAUGGGGAGAAAGUGGGGUCUUAUCUCAAUCCAAUUAGCAUAGCCAGGACUUCACACCCUUUCAGAAGAACAAAAGGUGGGUCAAGAUCUCACCUGGGGGGGCGGUAUAAGAUGGGAGCCACAACAGAAAAAGUUCUUCUCUUGGAUUCCGCCAGCCGCAAUUCCUUGAUUGACAGGGUCUGUAGCUUACUCAUUCUGCUGGCACAUGUGUGAUGAGUCAAUCCUAUUUGGGUAAGACUGUUCUUCAGAUAACGUGGACUCACCCUCGUCAGGAAUGGCUUUAAAGUAGGAACCAACACUAAAAAAAUAGAUAUAGAUUUCAAUGGAUAGUUAGGACUGAAGAAAAAAAUAAUUGCAGCCAGACUGCCUUCCAUUGAGGAUCUUUAUACUGCUCUGGUGAGAAAGAGGAUUGAAAAAAUAUCUACAUCCUGGACAUAAACUAUGUCAACUCCUCCCCUCAGGAUGCAUGCCAAAACAACUAGACACAAGGACAGUUUUUUCCCCCAUGCCAUCACUCUGCCAAACACCUAAUUCCCACAGCACUGUCUUAUGCCUAAGGAUAUCUAACCAUGUAGUAGGGCUGCAUUACUAUCAUCCUUCUCAUCUUUCUAUUACCUGAUCCUACUGGUAUCUUAUGACUAUUACUUUGUUGAUUGUAUCUUAUGAUUUAUGGUUGAAUCUAUGAUUUAUAAUUUAUCACUUGUUUAUAUAUAUACUGAGAGCUGAUGCACCGGAGACAAAUUCCUUUGUGUGUGUCCAAUCACACCUGGUCAAUAAAGCAUAUAAUAGAAGUUGGAGGGGGCGAAUGAUAACAAUUGAUGGAAAAUUAAAGUUGUCCUUCAUGAAACAUAUAGUGCUAUUAAGGGACCAAAUAUCAUAAACUCUUUGAGUUAUUAAAAAUGAAGUCUACACAAAAGUCUUUAUAGAACAGAAGGAAAAUAUUGUUCAGAUAUAGAAAUAAUAAAAGAUUCAUGUAAGAUACAGAUAAAGAACAAAUACAUGUGGAACUUUAUGGUUUUUUAAAAAAAAAUUAGGUAUUUUUGCUGAUUGUCAAAUGCUUAGCAUAUACAUAGCAAAAGAACACUACAAACCCACUUUUUGAAUUCUAGGACUGUAAUUAUUCUCAAUGUUAUGGUAAAAUAUUGUUUAUUUGCUUAUUGAAUAAAGAACAAUCGCUGGCUGCGAACAAUAUUCUGUGCCAAAAUCAAACAAAACAUCAUGUGACUUAGCACUGAAUAUGAACAAAUGUAGUUUUUCAUCAUUUUCCUUAUUUUAAGUGAUGUUCCCCACGCUAGCACAUUCAAGGUAUAUUUGGAAUGUAAAAUAGUGAAUUUUCAGACAGUUGUUAACUCAAGAUACUUAGAAGGAAACAAAGUAAGUUCAGACUUAAAACAAGCACAUAAAUCAUUUUCCUUUCACAUAUUCAACAAUCUCUGUCCCUACAUUAUUAUCAGCGGCGAGAUAUUUAAAUACAGUUAUAUUAAGUGUAAAUUCUUCCAUUGGUUUUAAAUGGCCAUUCACUGAAAUAAAUGAGAACUGUGUUAACAGGAUUACAGUUAGGAGGCAUAAUUGUGUGAAAACAAUGUAAAAAAUAGAAGCAGUUUCUAUCCUCAAUUUUUUAUAUACAUUGUGCCAGGAAUAGAUUCUUGUAUAAGACCCAAAUAUUUAAAAGGUAAACAUGCAACUUCCCCAGAAACUAUUCCAUUGAUGAAACACAUUGCUAGGAAGAUUUAACUCUAUUUGCAAACAUUUUCUUCAAAUGAUACAUUCCCAUCAAAGGGCAUCCCUACAGUGCCAAACACCUAGUAAAUAGAAGUUGAUAAAUCUAAACCUUAUGGCACACUAUGCAUAUUAUCUAUGAAGGUACAGUAUUAAAUAGAAGAUUGCAGCAAGUGUUUCAAUACUCAGUUAUUUAAUGAGAAGUAGUCACUUACUUAAAUCAAUGUUGGACUUACUUUGGUAGCAUUCCUUGGUUAAUAUAGUGUUCUCAUUCACAUGAUUGUCACACUCCAGGCGGGCAUUUGUUUAUAGUUAGCUAGCUAGCUAGCUAAAUAAAUAAAUAAACAUAUAAAUACAUUGCUUGCUUGCUUGCUUGCUUA